AUGUCUGGAUUCCCUACCCUUCAGCCGGCCUUUACCUUACAGGUCACGAUCGAUGCCCCGCUCGGCGUCGGCAGUGCCUCCAGGAAAAACAACCUGCAGGUCGUGCCCAUGACCGGCGGAUCCGUCAAGAGUGCUCCCGGAUUCUCCCCGGCCCUGGAUGCCGAGUUUGUCGGGGUGGGCAACGACUACAUCCAUGCGGAUGCUGAUGGCAAGCACCUGCGUCUGGAUGCCCACGGAGUGAUCAAGCCUAAGGAUAGCGAGGACCUCAUCUACCUGAACUACACCGGCGUUGGCACGCUGCUCCCUGAAGUGCAGGCCGUUUUCGCCGGGACCGCUCCCGAUGGCUCGACCCCGUUCAACAGUGUCUUCACCCACAUCACCUUCGAGACCGGCAGCGAGCGCUACAAGGACCUGGAAAGCCGGGUCUUCGUCGCCCAGGGACGCUUCAACGUCGAGAAAGGCAAGCCCACCGUGGUCGAGUACCGCGUCAGCCAGGUCGUCCAAGGUUGA